AUGAGUUCUUACCAGCAAAAGCAGCCCUUCGUGCCACCUCCUCAGCCUGAACAGCAUCAAGUGAAGCAACCUUGUCAGCCUCCACCACAAGGAAAAUUUGUUCCCAUAGCCACCUCUGAGCCAUGCCACACGGAUGUUCCACAACCAGGAAACACCAAGAUUCCAGAACCAUGCAGCACCAAAGUGCCUGAGCCAGGGAACCCUGUUGUUCUUGAGCCAGAUUAUACUACGAUGCCUGGGCCAUGUUCUACAAACAUCACUGAGCCAGAUUAUACCACAAUUCCUGGGCCAUGCUCUACCAACAUCCCUGGGCCAGAUUGUACCGUGGUUCCUGGAUCAUGCUCUACCAACAUCACUGAGCCAGAUUAUACCACAAUUCCUGGGCCAUCCUCUACCAAAAUCCCUGACCCAGGCUGUGCCAUGGUUCCUGGGCCCAAUCCUACCAAUACUUCUGAGCCAAGCUCAGAACCAUGCUCUACCAAUGUUCGUGAACCUGGAUACCUGAAUGCCUCAGAGCCCACCCAUGCCAAGGUUCCUGAUCAGGGCUACACCAAGAUACCUGACCAGGGAUCCGCUAAGGUUCCAGAGCCAUGCCAGUCCAGGGUUCCUGAGGUGUGCCCCCCAACGGUCACCCCCGUAUCAGUUAAGCAGAAGACCAAGCAGAAGUAA